UAUAAUAUACUCAAAUUAAACUCCUUUAUUUGUAUGAAUUGAUACCAUAUAUCCACAAGGUUCCGCAAUGGCAUUUGCAAUUCGUGUUAGACGUUGGAUUUUGGUCUUUACUCUCCUUUAUGUUAGUCUAUUCUCGAAUAAAUUUGGAGAGGCUGAUGAUGAUGAGACUGAUAUAGGUGCUGGCUUUGGUGGUGCUGGGGGUGGUAAUGGCGGCGGUGGAGCUGGUGUUGGUGGUGCUAGUUAUGGUGGUGGUGGCUCUGGAGUUGGCAGCGGCGGAGGCGGUUCCGGAGUUGGUGCUGGUGGUGGGGUUGGUGAUCCUUCUCAAAUUAUAUCCAAAGCCUUGCUCUGUUUCAAUGAUAAAUAUAUUUAUCAAAGUUGUGAAGAGUCAUACAGAUUAAGUGAGAAUGGAAACCUAGAUGUGCCACCAGAGAAAACUGAUGCAUUCUGUGAAGGACCAUGUAUAUCAGAGACAAACUUAGUCCUCACAUGUAUCGAUAACAUUUUCAGCAACUUCAUAUUCUACAACAGGGCAACCAUAGAGGAUGUGAAACAAACAAUUCUAGCUGGAUGUGGUUAUGGUCCUGGAAGAGGGAAUUUUAAUGUGGCUGAGCAUAUCCAGACUGAAGAAAACAAAGCUGUGAAGGUUACUAGCCAUGUUCUAAUGGGCCUUGCUUUGAUCGUAAUGGGGCCUGCUCUAUUGGUUUAAUAUUUAGGUUUUAAAUUUAGUAAAAACAUAUAUAUUUAGGUUUUAAUAAAUUGAAAAAAUGAUUUGUGUCCGUCUGUUUCAUGUGUACUAAUUACUUAUUCAAUAGGUUAUAUAAGUGAAAUUAAUAUAAGUUAUGGAGAUGAAGUAAUUUUGUGGUGUACUGAUAAUCAUUAGAUUUUUUGCUAUGGCAUGAUAAACAAAUUGAACUAGUACAA